AUGGCCGAUUCCUCCGCAGACGAAGAAAUUGAAACCAGCGAUCUCGAUAAAGAACUUCCCGCGAUAAAGACAGAAGAUUCUACCUCUACGAACAAUUUUACUACAAAUACAAUGCCUACGGAAAAAACUUCAAUUUCGAUCGGACACAUUGAAGCGUUCGAUAUAUCCAAACAAGCUACUUGGGGGUCUUACAAAAGACGAUUUGAUAUCUUUUUAGAGGCCAAUGAAGUCACAGCAGCAGGUCUUAAACGAGCAACAUUUCUCACUGUUUGUGGAGCACCUUUAUUUGAUCUAUUGGAAUCCCUAAUUUCUCCGAGAAAGGUAACCGAACUUGAUUAUGAUACAAUUUGUAAGACUCUUUCUGAUCAUUUCUCUCCACCCCCUUCUGAGAUUGCAUCAUUCUACAAUUUCUUUAAGCGCGACCAACUUCCCGACGAAAAAAUUACAGACUAUGUUGCAGAGCUUCGAAAAAUUGCAAGCCAGUGCAAUUUCGGCAGCUCGCUGGAUCGCAUGUUAAGAGACCGAUUUGUGUGCGGACUUCGUGAUAGCCGUUUACAACAGGAGCUCAUAUCAACACCAGCACUUACAUUCCAAGCCGCUCAAGAGAAAGCAGCUGCAGCAGAAGCAGCAAUCCGUAGUUUACAAAUGAUCAAAGCAAAUGUGCCUACAUCAAGCAGCAGUGAUGACCAAGUUAACGCUGUUCAGAAAGUUCUCACAAAGGAAAAGCAUAAAAAGCCAAAAUACACUAAAAACAAUUCAGUUGUCUCUCAGUCAGGUGCAUGUUAUAGCUGUGGAGGUUCGCACUUACGUUCUGCCUGCAAGUUUCGCACAGCUGUCUGCAACACAUGUGGCAAAACUGGACACAUAAGUAAGGUAUGUAGGGGUGGGAAGAGAGAUGGUCAGGGUCAUAGAAGUAACAAGUCAGCGGCAAAUUCUAUCGUCAAUCAGAUUUUAUGCUUUCCAAAUUUAAAAAAACAAACAAAUAUAAUUUUAAAUGGACGUAAAUGCGAGUUCGAAGUGGACUCCGGUUCCAACUUCACAAUCAUUUCUGAUUCUAGCUUUGAUAGGUUGUGGCCACAAUUCAAACCAAAACUGUCGAACGUAGCAUUAAAAAUUAUGGACUUUCAAGGAAAUGCGAUAACAUUUAAAGGCGAGUGUCCAGUUAAUGUCUGGUACAAGGGCCGAGAAAUUCGAAAUUUAUCACAUCUCAUUGCUGCUGGUACGCGCACGAACAUUUUAGGUUGCAAUUGGUUUGCGGCUUUAGGAAUAUCCAUUCAAGGAGUUCAUUCCCUUCAAUCAUCUUCAAUUGUUCAUGAAGUUGUAAAUGAUUACCGUGAUCUGUUUUCUAAUGAAUUGGGGGUUUAUUCAGGACCAGCCAUAUCUCUUGCGGUGAACCCAGAAGUUGCACCAAUUCAUUUACCGGCUAGAAGAAUACCUUUUGCGAUUCGAGCAAAGGUAGAAGCGGAGUUAGACCGCAUGGUGUCACAGGGUAUUCUUGAACCUGUGGACUAUUCAAGGUGGGCGACACCAAUUGUUCCCGUUUCAAAACCAAAUGGUUCCAUACGCAUUUGUGGCGACUACAAGGCAACCUUGAACAAGGCGUUACAACCACAUUGCUAUCCAAUUCCUUCAAUGCACGAGCUUAUUGCAAAUCUACCACAGGGGCAUAUCAGCAAUUACUGUCGAUGA